AUGCACGGAGGGAUUUCGCCGAAAUUGAAUAAACUUAGCGACCUUGCAAAGAUUAAAAUCCCUUUGGAUAUAACAACUGAAGAUUCUUCGCAAUUAGAUUUGCUUUGGGCUGAUCCUAGUGGUGAUGUUCAAACUUUUGAGAAGAACGUUCCGAGAGGAUGCUCCAAACUUUUUAGUGUUCAGGAUGUAUACGCGACAUGUGAAAGACUCAACUUUAAAUCAUUGUGCGUGCACAUCAGCCUUUCAAUUGUGGAUUUGGAUUCUUUGCUGGAAAGAGAUUGCUUACUCUGUUUGGGGCUGUGGACCAUGCAGCUAAGGGUAGUUAUGCCGGUGUUCUACAUUUGCAAUUGGAAAAGGCUGUGGACAAGAAAGGCAAAUCAACUGGAAAACUUGAACUCCAAGCUGAUAUAA